UUUUGUAAUAUAAAGCAGGCAGAAUGUGUGUUUAAGUAAAUGUGACAAGUCUCUCCGUAAAUAAAAAAAACGCAAUGUGAAAAGUGCAUCUUAAAAAGCUACUAGCAGACCACCACGUUGAAAGAGGGCGUCAACAAAGGGCGAAACAGUGUGAAGAAGAAGAAACUAAAAAGAAACAACUCAACGCCAUUCAAAUUUUUUUUUGUUUUACUUAUCAGUGAUACUGAGUAGUGAAUUCGAAGCCAUGAGCAAUCACAGAUAUCACCACGGCGGCGGCGGCGGAUACAUGCAUCCGCGCAUGUCGUAUCCCCAUCAUACGUUCACAUACGUUUCCAGCUGUGUGAAAUACCUUAUCUUUCUGCUAAACUUUCUGUUCUGGCUAUUUGGUGGGCUGCUCUUAGCUAUCGGGGUAUACGCUUUCAUGGAUAAGCUGAAGGACGGCAAUGGCUGGGUUCGGUUGGAAACUGUUUAUGAUGUUAUGUUUAACAUAUCGUUAGUCAUGAUCAUUGCUGGCAUUGUCGUAUUUGUGGUCAGCUUUGCUGGCUGCUUGGGUGCCCUUCGCGAAAAUACCUGCCUUUUGAAGUUCUACUCCAUGUGCUUGCUGGUCUUCUUCCUCUUAGAAAUGGCCAUUGCAAUCAUUUGCUUCGUGUUUCCGCAGAACAUGAACUCGUUUCUGGAGUACCAGUUUACUGACAAGAUCAUUCACUCUUAUCGUGAUGAUUCCGACUUGCAGAACUUUAUAGAUUUUGCCCAACAGGAGUUCAAGUGCUGCGGUCUCAGCAAUGUUGGCUAUCUGGAUUGGAGCAAGAACGAGUACUUCAACUGCUCGUCACCUUCAGUGGAGCGAUGUGGUGUUCCCUACAGCUGUUGCAUCAAUGCCACCGAUAUUAGCUCAGGCCUAGUCAACAUUAUGUGCGGUUAUGGUGUGCAGGCGCACACGGUGCCGGCGGCCAGCAAACGCAUUUGGACUAGUGGCUGCAUCGAAAUUGUUAGGGUCUGGGCCGAGCGUAAUCUGUAUGUGAUUGCUGGUGUUGCAUUGGGCAUUGCUUUUGUGCAGCUGUUUGUUAUCUACUUGGCGAAGACUCUGGAGGGCCAGAUCGAAAUGCAGAAGUCGCGCUGGUCGUGAGUGCCAUAGCAUCCGGUUUUUUACGGAUAUCCUUUCGAUGAUUUCUCCUACUACUACGACACACAAAUGUAAGCAAGCGAUGGUGAAGCUUCUCGGCCAGGCCGUCUUGUGUCGCCGUCGCCAACUACGUCUUCGUCUUUGUUAAUCUGGUCCGUGCAGUGCUCAAAUAUUUUUUCCACAAUUUUAUCUACAAUUAUUAUUCGUAAGCUAUUAUUAUACAGUUGUUGCUCACUCGAGAAUUGUUUACAUCUCGAUUUCUCUUGCCUUUCAAUGUGCAUUUCUGUGCGUUUCUCAAUAUUAUAUACUCUGAAUACUAGCACUUAUAUAUCUUAUACAUGUAUAUCCCCAUAUAGCUAUAGAGAUUACUGUAUUACUAAAUGCCACCUUAUGGGAUGCAUUGACCCAUUUAAUGCACGUUUAUAUCUAAGUAUUUUAAUGGCUUAUCGCAUAGCAUAGACAAAAUUCUAAGCAAGUAAACAAAUUUUAUGUAUUUAUAUGCAAUACCUUUGUGUUCUCUACAUCAUAUUAAAAAAAAGACAUAAUGUACAUAGGUGUUAAGUGAAGUGUAUGCAUUUAAAAUUGGCAUUUUAAUUCAAAUGUUAAACAAUACCAAACUGCAUGCGUUUAUUGUACAAUUAACACAAUUAGUAGUAAUAUUUAUUACUUAAACCUAUUGUAGUACAUCAAACAAAAAUAUACUUA